UCUGAAGGGUUUACCCUGAAGGAGCUGCUCUUCUCUUACCGGGGGACUCCUUAUCCGGUCACAGUGUGCAGUGCAGAGACCUUCCAAGCCCUGGAGAACAUGGAAGUCAGAAGAGAUGAUGUGGUGCUGGUGUCUUACCCCAAAUGCGAGGAUGAAGCAGAUUCCAUCUCCAAGGAUUUUGGCAACGCAUCUGAAUUAUGAUUUCCUCCCCAAGUCUAUUUUCAAGAACAAAGCCAAGAUACUAGUGUUGUUUCGAAACCCUAAAGAUACAGCUGUUUCAUUUUUCCAUUUCCACAAUAAUGUGCCAAGUGUCCCCAGUUACAGCUCCUGGGAUGAGUUCUUCUCAGAGUUCAUGAAUGGGAAAGUUGGCUGGGGAUCUUAUUUUGACCAUGCAGUCACCUGGAACAAACACAUUGAGGAUGAGAACACUAUGAUCGUAAUAUAUGAAGACCUGAAAGAGAAUCUGACUUCUGGUGUAAAGCAAAUAGCAGAAUUCUUUGGAUUCUCCCCAACAGCGGAGCAGAUCCAGUCCAUUGCAGACAGGGCUACUUUCCAGGCAAUGAAGAACAAGGCUCAGGAGACUCAUGGUGCUGUUGGCACAGUUCUUUUCCGCAAAGGUGUUGUUGGGGACUGGAAAAAUCUUUUCACCGAAGCUCAGAAUCAGGAAAUGGAUGCCAAAUUCAAAGUAUGCUUAGAAGGAACCAAGCUGGGAGCGAAGCUAAAAUACGAUGUGUAUUGCAAGGCCUGAGCUUCCGUUAUGGAGAAGUCUAACAUCUAGGCUGCUUUUUGUUCGCUUUCAUGUAAUCAAAGAGAAAUUAGAACAAUACCUGAUCUGAAAGUUUUGAAAAUCUGUGUAAUUUGCAAAUAUGUUUGUGCUGUCCUGCACAAGCAAUCCUCACUUAUACAGUUAUAGUAUCAUUGACUUUACUGGUUUCUCUUGUUUCUUAAAACUGAUUUUUAACCAUGAUUCUGUGUGAAAUUUAUAUGCAGUAGCUGAACCUGCUGAAACCACUGGAGAUGUGUUUGGUAGGUUGGAAAUGAUCUUUCAAGAGAUUUUUUUAAACCAAUUGUGAGAUGUCUUCUUCAUUUUCAGAUUUGGAAAGUGUAGUGUUUCAGUUUAAAAUGAAAUUUCAGAAGUGGGUUUUUUUGUUGCUGUUGUUGCCACUUUCUCUGUAAGGUAGAAAGUUUCUACCCCAUUUGGCAUGAAUAUUGAAUAUGAAUAGUGGAAGUUCUAAUUCUAAGCAAUUGAAGGAAUUGCCUGGGGCAGAAGUUGCUCAUGGAUGUUGGAGUGAGGAUUGAAGAACAAAGUAGAACGCAAAACCAAACCGAAUCAGAAUGAACUGUGUUAAUACCAAACAAGAGAGGUUGAUGAAGCUUUUAAAACUAAUCCCAAGAUCCAUAUAAGUGGAAAAUACAGUUGUGUUCCUCAAAUAUUUGCCUCAGCUGUUAUAGGCACUUCUGGAACAGUAGGUUAGUGUCAUUGCUAAGAAAUACAUGAAAGGAAAUUCAAAAAGCUCUGAUUGAGGAUGAUGUUGAAAAGGUGUAUUAAUCUGUAGUAAAGUAGGUUGCAUGAAUUACAUGACCAAUAAUAGGCAGUCUAUCUGCUUAAGCUGCCAUCUUUCUCCAUUUAAGAUUUUUCUGAAGUAUUCCAGGACAGUUCAAGAGAAAAUCCUGUAUCAAGAUGCUAAAUAGAGUACUCUUACAUUUUUACACCUUUAGAUCAGCAAGGUUAUUUAAGCUAAGGUUGCUUAGCCAUGUGAAAUAGUAUUUUAUAAAUGGCAUUCUUACAUUCUUAAUCUGCAGACACUCCUCAGCACAUACACACACAGUGAUUACAAGCUAAGAAUGAGCAUUAAAGUGUGUUGAAUGUAAGGUUAUUGAGUGUGAGGGGCAGCUGAUUGUUUUGCAGCUUUCUGUGUGUUUUAGUUUCUGUUCUGUUAAAAAUGAAAGCAUCGAUGAAAGCUAAAUGUAAUGUCACUAGAGAAAGGGAGAAUUUUUACCUUCCUCAAACACAUUCAGAAUGGAAAAGUACUGUGAAAUGUUUUCAGACUGUGGCAUUGAAGGUCAAACCCAAUAGCCCAUAGUGUUUAUGGCUUUUGUCAGCAGUUAAACAUAAAGAAUCAAACCCAACAGAAAAAUUAAACUCCUCGUUGUGGAAAAUCACCAGUCAUGUAUUCUUUCAGACAUACGCAUAGACAACAGUUUCGGUUUUACAUUUUCCAUUUUUAUUUUGUAUGUUAUAUCCAUGUUCCCUAUUAUGCAUAAGUUAUUAUGGAACUUAGCAGUAAAACUUAAAGUGUUUUUAACACAUUAAAGAAUAUGUUGGAUCAUUUGCCUUUCAAAGAAGAAAAAUUUUACUCCCUGACUAAAGGCUUUUAUUUUAUUUUUAUUUUUUUAUUGGUGACUUGUUUUGCACUUAAAUUUUCUAGCAGUUUUAAGUAUUUAUGGUAUCUAUAUUAUGGUAACUGCUAUAUGCUGCUCUAUUAGUACUUUUGUCAUCUCCAUUUCCCUUAUGAUCUGCUCAGUAACAAUCAUAAAGUAGGAAAGUAUAUUAAAAUGAUCUUGAAAAAGAGAAGUUGGAGGUCUUCUUGGAAAAGAGAAGCAUAAAUGUAUCUUUCCAAUGCAAGAGAUGGCUCCCUUGUGUGUGUUCAGGGUGUCAAUAACCCAACGGAAAAGAAUUCUGGUACUGAAUUGUAAUAAAGGUACAAUGGGAUCAAAGCA